AUAUUAUUUAUAUAUAUUAUAUGCUUACUUUUUUAAGCUCAGCAUGGUAAUUUUGUAGUUUCUUCUAGUUGAAAAAGAAAAAAAAUCAUAAACAAUUAUUAACUUUGAUUUAUUUGAAAAUAUAUAUAUUUAAUAUUUCAAUCAGGAAAAGAUGCCCAAAGUUAAAAAAAAUUCUUCAGUUAUUCAUCCAAAUAGCCGUAAAGCUAUGCAGAUGGCUCGUUUAGAACACAGAGGCUUAAGACUUGAAAAGAGAAGAGAAGAAUCAAAUACCAAACUUCAAGCAAAAUUAAAUAAGCUAAAAUGGUUCAGAGACAACAUUGAUACAAGUAAAACAUUAUACAAUAGUGAAGAAGUUCAUGAAUUAAUUAUGAGAUAUCUUCAAAGAUUUAGUGACGAGGAGAAAAGGAUAAAAGAAAUGCAGUGCAUAAAAGGACGUCACAAUCAAAAUCGAAUGUCAGUUGAAUAUAAAAUGCAAUUUACAAUCGAACAAGAAAAAAGAGAUUAUGAAACAUGUGGCCUUGAAAUUCCUUAUCUAACAAAAGCAGAAUCAUUUGAAUAUUUUAAGGGCUGGGAUAAAGAUGCUCGAUUUCUGCCUGCUAUCGAUUUAGUUGUGUGCAAAUCUCCAAAAAAGUAAAUAACUUUGUAUUAAAAUAUGUAAAUAAAAAACUGCUAAAAGCACA